CGGAUGGGGCUGCUCCGCGGCCGCUGCGCCUUCUGGCGGCCGCCCGCCGCCGCCUGGGCCCGGCCCCGCGGCUCUGCCCUCGGCGGGGUGCGCGGCCUGCAGAGCCUCCUGGCACCAACACUUUCCCUACCACGUCAAAGUCUCGGCGGAGUCCUGACAAAACAACUCAUAAUCCGGGAUCCAGUCAGACUUUGGAAUCUCCUGGGUAGCACUGCCUGGUUUGCUACAUCCAGCUCUCGAGGGAGUAGCCGGAAGAAUGGAGGAUUCAAGAAGAAGUCCCCACAGGAGGAGGAUGAGGAGGAGAAACGCAGGAGGAGGGAAAACCAGAUGCACCUGGAGCGUCUGCGGGCGCUGCUGAUCCUCACCUUCGUGGUGCUGAUGCUUCGCUUCAUGAUCGGCGAGAACAGGGAGGGGACCAACAUCUCCUGGAACUACUUUGUCAAUGAGAUGCUGGCCAAGGGGGAGGUGCAGAGGAUCGAGGUGGUGCCUGAGAGUGACAUCGUGGAGAUUUAUCUGCACCCAGGUGGAACUCCCCAUGGCCAAGUUAACGUGACCCUGCUCUACACCAUGCGUGUGGCAAACAUCGACAAAUUCGAAGAGAAGCUCAGAGCUGUGGAGGAUGAGCUGAAUAUUGAUGAGAAAGACAGAAUCCCCAUUUCCUACAAACACCCUGGCUUUUAUGGAAAUGAUGUCCUUUCCCUGAUAGUGACCCUGGUGGCCGUGUCCAUGCUGUGGAGCAUCUUCCGCCUCUUCAGGGUGGCGAGCAGGGCCGGGGGCUUCAACGCCUUUAACCAGCUGAAGAUGGCUCGUUUCACCAUUGUGGAUGGGAAAUCUGGGAAAGGGAUUGGCUUCAAGGAUGUAGCAGGAAUGCAUGAGGCAAAAAUGGAAGUCAAGGAAUUUGUGGACUAUUUAAAGAAUCCUGAUCGCUACCUCCAGCUCGGGGCCAAGGUGCCCAAGGGUGCCUUGUUGCUGGGCCCACCAGGCUGUGGGAAGACUUUGCUGGCCAAGGCCGUGGCUACAGAGGCCCAGGUGCCGUUUUUGGCCAUGGCAGGCUCCGAGUUCGUGGAGGUGAUUGGAGGCCUGGGCGCCGCCCGUGUGCGCAGCCUGUUCCGCGAGGCGCAGGCUCGCGCUCCCUGCAUCGUCUACAUCGACGAGAUCGACGCCGUGGGCAAGAAGCGCUCCACCAACGUCUCUGGCUUUGCCAACGCUGAGGAGGAGCAGACCUUAAACCAGCUGCUGGUGGAGAUGGAUGGAAUGGGGACCACGGACCACGUCAUAGUGCUGGCAUCCACCAACCGUGCUGAUGUCCUGGACAACGCCCUGAUGAGACCUGGGAGGCUGGACAGGCACAUCUUCAUUGAUCUCCCCACACUGCAGGAGAGGAAGGAGAUCUUUGAGCACCACCUGAAGGGCCUGAAGCUGAUCCAGGAUGGCAGUUUCUACUCGCAGCACCUGGCAGAGCUGACCCCAGGAUUCAGUGGAGCUGACAUAGCAAACAUCUGCAAUGAAGCUGCUCUCCACGCUGCCAGGGAGGGCCACAAGUCCAUUGACACCUCCAACUUCGAGUACGCCGUGGAGAGAGUCAUUGCAGGCACUGCCAAAAGAAGUAAGAUCUUGUCACCAGAAGAGAGGAAGGUGGUGGCAUUCCAUGAGUCCGGGCAUGCCCUGGUUGGGUGGCUGCUGGAGCACACCGAGGCUGUCAUGAAGGUGUCCAUUGCCCCUCGCACCAACGCGGCUCUGGGCUUCGCGCAGAUCCUGCCCCGCGAGCAGUACCUGUUCACCAAGGAGCAGCUGCUGGAGAGGAUGUGCAUGGCCCUGGGGGGCAGAGUGGCUGAGGCCAUCACCUUUAACAGGGUCACCACAGGAGCACAGGAUGACCUGAAGAAGGUGACCAAGAUAGCCUAUGCCAUGGUGAAGCAGUAUGGGAUGGUGCCCAGCAUCGGGCAGAUCUCCUUCCCAGACCCCGAGAGUGCCCCUGGCAUCGGCCGGCACCCCUUCAGCCAGGGCCUGCUGCAGAUGAUGGACCACGAAGCCAAAACCCUGGUGGCUCAGGCUUACAGGCGCACAGAAAAGCUCUUGCUGGAGAACCGGGACAAGCUGCAAACCCUGUCCAAUGCCCUCCUGGAGAAGGAGGUGAUCAACUACGACGACAUCGAGGCGCUGAUCGGGCCCCCGCCCCACGGGCCCAAGAAGAUGAUUGCUCCUCAGAGCUGGCUGCAGGCUGAGAGGGACAAGCAGGACACCAGGGAGGAGGAGGCACCUCCCCAGCCCCCGAGCCACGAGGAGGAGGAGGAGCCACGCCUGAGACCCGUGUGAACCCCCUCCAUGUGGAAUGGGGGCUUCUUUUGGACACAGAGCCUCUGCCUCCUCAGCUCCAGAGUCAAGGUGCUGAGCAGGGAAUUGCUGUGCUGCUGCUGCUGCCACCCCAGGUUUAGGGAUGGCUGUGUGAGCUCUUGGAGCUUUAUCCUGCAGGAAGGAGAACUCCUCAGGAUUUCAGAGCUGAUUCCUAGCAGGGUGGUGGUGAUUAGGAGUUGGGUAAGUCUGAUCUGCUGUGGAAGUUUCUUGUACACAGGAGCAGGGAACAUAUUCCAAUGGGUGGAAAGUCCCAUGUAAGCCACUGCUGGCUGUGCUCUGUGCCAUGGCAGGAGGGCAGGGCUGUGCCCUCAGCAUGGGGACACCCCUGUGGGGCUGAGCUGGGUGCUGCAGCUCUUGUGUAACCUUUGAACACAACACACAAACAGCCCUGGCUGGAAUAAACUGCCCACAACGUG